AUGGAGACAAGCUAGGACUGUCAAACAUAAAGACUACUCGUCAGGCAGGGCGGCCACGUGGAGAACAGUCAAACAGAUGGCACAACGACAGCAUGAAUCAAAGAUGAAUGGAUCAGGAAAUCUGAAAACGCGCCUCAGCAAUGCUGAGCGGUUUCCCUGCACCGCCCCAUCCAUAAAUAUGGACCAACACCGUGAAUUGAUGGACUUCUUACCGAAGGAUUAUCAGUACCAUGUAUGUAGGUACAAAGCUGUGAACCAAUCCGGCAGUGACCAUAUCAGUUUUGAGGCCACAGUACGGAUGUCCCUUCAAUCCAAAGAGGACAUCCUGGUGUGGCUGAAGUCCAUGGCAGUCACAUGGAGAGUGGCCUACACCAGGCCCACUAAAGGCCAGAAGAUCAUCUUCAAAGCAGACUACCGGUGCCAGCAUAACACCAAGCCCAGGGAAACAGUACCAAAGGCUGGCAGGGUGUCCAAAAAUACAGAUUGUCCUGCUAAACUUAAAGUCACCCUUGUGCGCACUGAGGUCUCCCAUGGGCAACGGAGCAGGAGCACUGAUCCUCACAUACCGGACUACCCGACACUUGUGGAUAUCAGUAAUAUUCACAAUCACAACAUACAUGUGGCUGAUGCUGUGCUUGAGGGUGCUGAAGCACAAGAGGCUGAUCAAUCAUGGUCCAGAUCAACUAUUGCAGCCAUUGAGGAGCUUGAUGAUACUGAAACACCUGAGGGUCAGUUUAAGUCUGUUCAAGACAGUGAGGAGUGGGACUCCAUGAUCAAGGAGUUUUCGGCCAUGGUGCAGAAUAAUGAAGGAUUUCAAGGAGCAGCAUCAGCCUUCAUGAAGGCCUUCCACAGACUGAAGGGGAACCCCUCCAUGCUGCAGUCAGCAAUGCACAUGUUUGGCCGCUAUGAUACCAACAGCCUGGCAUCACAGCGAGCACAAGCUCUCCAGCGGGCCGCUAACCGUGCUGGGCCAGGUAUCACCUCACAGCCCAACUCUGUUGCCCGCCGAAAGGUCAAGGUCGGGGGUAGACGCCGACCUGCUGCGGGGAGGCUGACGAAAAAUGUUGCAACCAUGGACCAUCGCUACAGCUAUCCAAAAGGAGUGAAGUCUGGCACUCACACCUUGUCCCAAACAGUAGAGGUGUGUCACAGCAAUCCAAAAUAAUUAAUGCUCCACCACUGCACCCCACACCGUCCCCCUUUUCCUCUCUCCAAAGAGGCUGGACACUCCACCACCGUGCCCCUCACCUUCCCCUUUUCCAUAGUUGUUGUAUAUAAUUAAUUGUAUAUAGUUCCUUUUACAAACCUAUACACAGCGGCAAUGUUGUUGCCUAUGAUUGUUUGUACAAAUCCGUCAUUAAUGUCUACAGUUCCCCUUACAAACCUACACAAAGUGAAUGCUGUUGUAGUUAACAUCUCAACUGAAGACAUGUUUUUAUAGACUUGCCUUUUCCAAUAUUUUUUAAUUUUCAAGACUACUUCUGUGUCUUAAUAUAGAAGUUUGUUUAAAUCAUUCUAUGUGAAGUGCUUGGAGGUCUCCAAAUAAACACUGAAUGAAUAAAA